AUGUAUUAUUCACGAGUAAACUUUUGUCUUUUAGUGGUUAGAGAUAUCCUGAACAAAGAGCACUGCCUACUGGACUCACAGCUCAAAUUCUCGCUUUACUACCCGAAAUUGCUUGGCCUCCCAACAACCCAUGGCUCAGAAACACAGGAGCAGGAGAGCGUUCAGGGGAUGAGGCAGGACUGCACAACACACAGAAGUGUCCAGUUAAUGGAGCAGAGCACAGAUAGAGGUGAGCAAAGCAACUCCAAAGAGCAACUCUCGAGAACCGAAAGAAGCCAAAGACAGCAGAGCACAGUAGACAGUCAGCAGAGUGAGAAGAAACAAAUUUGUGAGGCGGAGAGACCUCCUAGAGAAGAGAUUAGACAGCCAAGUGCAGCAGACAGGCAGCACAAUGGACAAUUACCUACAGAUGGACAUCAGUGCUCUGUGCAGUUACAAGAUGAAAUCUCUGUGCAUGUGGGUGCCUUUAAGACCGAGGACAGGUCAGUGACAAUGGUUGACAAUGCUGAACAAGUUGACACUGAGGUCAGUAUGCAGCCUGCACAGCUGCGCUUCCUGCAAGAGAGACAUCACGAGCUACUGGCAGGAAUGGAUGAGGUGACAAUCGUACCUCUGGAGCAUGAAGACAAGACCGGCUUCAUGGUGUCUGGCACAGCCCCCAUUUGUCAGUCAGUGGCUGAACUUCUACACACUCUUGUGUCAUCAUUGUCAACCAGCUCUGUAUUGCUUGAGUAUCCUGGGAUAUCUCGCUUCCUGCUGGAGCCCGACGGGCAGCAGAUUCUUCAAGCCAUUGAGAGUCAAUAUAACUGUGUUAUCGACACCUCACAGCUGAGCCUGAAAGCUUUAGACUCAGAGUAUGUGGAUCCUUGGAGCUAUGUUCCUGAUGUUUUGCCAACUAAGAUAAUGACAGAUGAGUCACCACCACAGGAGGAGUUACUCCAGCCUGCAGAUAUGGAGGGCAUUCGAGUAUUGGCGUCUCUGCUCCAGAAUACAAACAGCGUGGAUAAUGGUAUGACUUGUCAGUCUUCAGAGGAAGAACCACAGCUUCAGAGUUCUAGCAUUGGACUUAACAUUUCUCCUGAGGACACAGAACUGGACAUCUACAGUGAAUCCACUUCAUGUGACAAGGACGAUGAUGAAAAUGUGGUGGAUAAAGAGCUAGAAAAGGCUUUUGCCAUGUCCAGAGUUGAAUUUCAGGAGAGGGAACUGGAUGAGGAAGCUGAGCUACUGCUGGCAAUUCAGAGGUCUAUGGAUGUGAGACAAUUGUCUACACAAGAAGAGGAUGAGGCUAUAAAGAGAGCACUGGAGAUGUCCCUCAGAGAGCAGGUUCUAGAAGAGACGGAGGAAUCUCUUCAGAUAGCCUUGAAAAGGUCUCUGACAGCUAACAGAGCAGAUGGAGAGAUGGUUGAAGAUCAGGGCAGCACCUUGGAGGAGAUAGAUCAAGCUCUGGGCACUGCCCAGCUAAUUGUGGUGGCAGAAGAAAAAAAUGAGUUGAUAGCUGCUUGCAUGGCACUUCGGAAAGCAGUUAAGGGGAAAUUGUGUACAGAGUCAGUGGAGGCCAUUGUGGAUCUGCAUAUAAAAAAUUCAGGAAUCCUUUCUGCUCUUCAGAGGAAGCACAGGGUCAGCAUCACAGUAGGCAAUAGGCAGAUUGUAAUAGAGGGCUUUUCUUCUUCUCCUUCCAACUGCCACCAAGAACUGCUUGAGAUCAUCAGCUUUCUUCAGGAGAAGAACAGGAGAACAGAGGACCAGGAUGUGCAGCAACUACCAUACCAUGUCACAUACAAGAGGCCACGCACCAGUGACAACGUGCAGAUUGGGGUGGAGUUUGUGUCGGUGGCAGAGGACUCAGAAGAGUUUGCCAGCAUUGUAAAACCCUUUUACAACACUCUGGAGGAGCUGGAGAAUUGUAUACAAAUUCUAGAGGUCCAGAGAGUUCACAACACGUUACUGGACAACCAGUAUGAGCUGAAGAAGAGGAGCGUGGAGGCCUCUGACACCAGGAAGCCCGUGGAGCGUGUGCUCUAUCACGGAACCACAGAGAGCAGCGCUAUGGAGAUCUGUCACCACGGAUUCAACCGCAGCUUCUGUGGAAAGAACGGUGAGAGACAGAGUUGAUAAUUAGCUUCAUUU